GAGGAGGAGGGGGAAGAGGAGGAGGAGGGGGAAGAGGAGGAGGAGGGGGAAGAGGAGGAGGAGGGGGAAGAGGAGGAGGAGGGGGAAGAGGAGGAGGAGGGGGAAGAGGAGGAGGAGGGGGAAGAGGAGGAGGAGGGGGAAGAGGAGGAGGAGGGGGAAGAGGAGGAGGAGGGGGAAGAGGAGGAGGAGGGGGAAGAGGAGGAGGAGGGGGAAGAGGAGGAGGAGGGGGAAGAGGAGGAGGAGGGGGAAGAGGAGGAGGAGGGGGAAGAGGAGGAGGAGGGGGAAGAGGAGGAGGAGGGGGAAGAGGAGGAGGAGGGGGAAGAGGAGGAGGAGGGGGAAGAGGAGGAGGAGGGGGAAGAGGAGGAGGAGGGGGAAGAGGAGGAGGAGGGGGAAGAGGAGGAGGAGGGGGAAGAGGAGGAGGAGGGGGAAGAGGAGGAGGAGGGGGAAGAGGAGGAGGAGGGGGAAGAGGAGGAGGAGGGGGAAGAGGAGGAGGAGGGGGAAGAGGAGGAGGAGGGGGAAGAGGAGGAGGAGGGGGAAGAGGAGGAGGAGGGGGAAGAGGAGGAGGAGGGGGAAGAGGAGGAGGAGGGGGAAGAGGAGGAGGAGGGGGAAGAGGAGGAGGAGGGGGAAGAGGAGGAGGAGGGGGAAGAGGAGGAGGAGGGGGAAGAGGAGGAGGAGGGGGAAGAGGAGGAGGAGGGGGAAGAGGAGGAGGAGGGGGAAGAGGAGGAGGAGGGGGAAGAGGAGGAGGAGGGGGAAGAGGAGGAGGAGGGGGAAGAGGAGGAGGAGGGGGAAGAGGAGGAGGAGGGGGAAGAGGAGGAGGAGGGGGAAGAGGAGGAGGAGGGGGAAGAGGAGGAGGAGGGGGAAGAGGAGGAGGAGGGGGAAGAGGAGGAGGAGGGGGAAGAGGAGGAGGAGGGGGAAGAGGAGGAGGAGGGGGAAGAGGAGGAGGAGGGGGAAGAGGAGGAGGAGGGGGAAGAGGAGGAGGAGGGGGAAGAGGAGGAGGAGGGGGAAGAGGAGGAGGAGGGGGAAGAGGAGGAGGAGGGGGAAGAGGAGGAGGAGGGGGAAGAGGAGGAGGAGGGGGAAGAGGAGGAGGAGGGGGAAGAGGAGGAGGAGGGGGAAGAGGAGGAGGAGGGGGAAGAGGAGGAGGAGGGGGAAGAGGAGGAGGAGGGGGAAGAGGAGGAGGAGGGGGAAGAGGAGGAGGAGGGGGAAGAGGAGGAGGAGGGGGAAGAGGAGGAGGAGGGGGAAGAG